UAUGAUAUCUAGUUGUGUACUUUCAAUAUCAGCUCGAAGUAGUUUUUCUUUGGAUAACCCAGCUACUUUGCAUAUGAAAUAUUAUACUGUGUUAGAAUCUGUGAUGUGAAAAUGUAAGCUUUCAUGAGGAAAUUGUAACAUACACUAUGUUGAAACAGCUAAAGUGUUCUGUGGUGCUACAGGAAAUCGUGAUGGUGUAACGUGCAACCAUAAUAUUAGUUAGUAGCUACUUGUAAACCUACCUUUUGUGUGAAAAUAGCACUAAAAUGAAGUGAUCUGAAAUGGAUGUAAACGUGAUGCGUUCGUUAUGAAAAGGUAUUAUAGUGCUACAAUGACAUGAUAUACUAUGAGUUUUGACAACACCCCCUGACGAGAUGGAGCGGGCCUACGUCCUACUUCUAGUGCUUCUAGCGGCGAUUUCCGGCCGAUGCGCUCACCGACACGGCCACGACAUUUCGACGGAGUUCCCGGAAGUGAUCGACGGCCACCAUGACAACACCACGCACCAUGGAAAGGACGGCCGCGCGGGGUGGUCGCAGUGGAGUGAGUGGUCGCUGUGCUCCCGGACAUGCGACGGUGGCGUGUCGCGACAGCUGAGGACCUGCUCCUCACCAGCGGGCUGUCGCGGCGAACCAGUCCGGUACAAGAUAUGUAACAUGCAGCCCUGCCGAGGCAACGUCUCCCUUCUAGAAGAGGACAUCUGGAGGGAACAGCAGUGCAGUGCUCAUGAUAACACGCCGUAUGGGGGAGAGCUGUUCCACUGGCGAGCUCAUAGAGAUGAUGAUGAACCAUGUGCCCUGACUUGUCGAGGAACGCCACAGCAUUCAGGACAAAGUCCAGAAGCAACGGCGUCCCUGGACGAAGACGAGAGAGUGGUGGUGGCCGUACUAGCGGCGCGGGUGUCUGAUGGCACGCGCUGCAGGCCUGGCAGUCUAGACAUGUGCAUAGAUGGACGAUGUCAGAGGGUUGGCUGUGACCUGCGGGUGGGCUCGACCCGCCGCGUGGACGAGUGCGGGGUGUGCGGGGGCGACGGGUCCUCGUGUUCGCGGCCGCGGUACCACUGGCUCUCUACACCUGGAUCUCUUUGCUCUGCUACUUGCGGUGGUGGCUACAAGAUGUCCCUGGCGGUGUGCAGGGAUCGGCUAACAGGGUUGGAUGCUCCAGAGGAACUGUGCGACGGUUCGAGCAAGCCUGCGUCUGCUGUUGUACGAUGUAACACCCAUCCGUGCCCUUUUAAAUGGUAUGUGGGCGAGUGGUCAACGUGCAGCGUCACGUGCGGCGGUGGCGUGCGCACGCGCCGAGUGCUGUGCGCGCGCUCAGCGAACAUCACUCGAACGGACACUUAUGACCCUGAAACGAGUUCAGAGCCUGGCUGCAUGUCGCCCGCCCCGAGGUCAACUCAGUCGUGCAACGAACAUGACUGUCCUAGCUGGGUAGCUGGUCUGUGGUCUGGGUGCUCCGUGUCUUGCGGCGAAGGAGUACAGAUGCGAGGCGUGGAGUGCACGCCCGCCGGGGGAGGCUGCGACCCGGCGACCAGACCGGAGAUCUCCAGACCCUGUUCUACCGGCAUCAGCUGCCCCGCUUUUCGAGAGGCAGAGGAACCAGAGGACGAUAUCGAAGAUCUCCUCCCAGGAGUGGUCUACCACACUCAGCCUCUGAUACAGCCGUACCCGCCUCCUCAAGCCAAAGCGGAACAGCUGAUUGGCGACCCCGACGUACCAGUUGAAGCCACCAAUUACAAAAUAUUCUUUGCGUGUGGCUGGUUGUAUGUAAGCUACAUCAAAGAUGACGAGUGGAGUCCGUGCAGUGUCACCUGUGGAGAAGGAUGGAGGAAAAAAGAAGUUCAUUGCAAGAUUUUUCUAGAAUUCAGUCGGACUAUAGCGAAGCUGCCAGACAGCAAAUGUAUGGGACCAAAACCCACUGAAGAGACUGAAAGAUGUGUCAUGGAACCUUGUUCUAUGGCUUACGGUACUUCUUUUGGAGACUCUAGCGCGCCAGCCUAUAACGGUGGUGAUAGCAGAUCUCUGAUCUUCGGCACAUCCAGUAACAUCAGGGUGGCGCCAGGAUCGCCGGGCAAAUCAUAUUCUUGGAAGGAAAAAGGUUAUACGAGCUGUAGUGCUUCCUGCUUGAGUGGAGUUCAGGAACUAAUAAUCCAGUGCGUACGAGACGAAGACGGCAAGAACGCCUCACCAUACAUGUGCGAUCCUCUAACGAAGCCUGAGAAUAGAGUGCGGACUUGCAACGACCACCCAUGCCCACCACGUUGGAACUAUACGGAAUUCUCGCAGUGCACCAAAUCGUGUGGAAUCGGCAUACAGACGAGAGAAGUCACGUGUAUACACGAGGUGACGCGUGGAGGAACCAACACAGUGGUAGUACCAAACAGCAUGUGUCCCCAACCGCCUCCUCCAGACCGACAGUACUGCAAUGUAUUGGACUGUCCAGUCAGGUGGCAUGCAGGAGAAUGGUCCAAAUGUUCCAAGACUUGUGGUGGAGGGAUGAAACAACGAGAGGUGGUGUGUAAACAAAUAAUGGCGCAAUCGCACGUGGUCGAGCGACCAGCCUCACAGUGCAACUCUCCUCGACCGGCCAACACAAAGUCGUGCAACAGUCGCCCGUGUCUCCUGGACACGUCUGCGCCAGAGAUUUCCCUGGCGAACUCCUCCUAUAUACAGCAUGAUCCAAAGAAGAAGAAGGUCACAGUAAAGGUGGGCGGGUCAGCCACAAUAUUCUACGGAACCCAAGUGAAGAUCAAAUGCCCCGUGAAAGGGUACAACAGAACGAAGAUCCAAUGGGCUAAGGAUCAUCAGAUUAUUGCGAAGUCAAAGAAAUACAAGAUUUCCAAAAAGGGCGCACUACGCAUUACAUCCCUUUCUCUCCGAGACCACGGAGUGUACACAUGCGUAGCGGGCAGAUCCAGCGCUAACCUGACGCUGCUCGUGAAGCCAAGGCCUGGAGAGUUCCCUUCCAGCGAGGAAAUUGAAAGGCAUAAGGCAUUGGAUGAACCCUCUUCCCCUUUAGCUGACAGAGCGGACGGGCGGUAUCGCGCCAUGAUCGGCGGCCGCUCCGACGACCAGUCGCACGAGCAGCGACCACCGGACCAGAAGAAAAAUUAUAAGAGUCGACAAAAAGGCAAAAUCGACAAAGUCCGGGACGCUCUUUAUGGAAAUCCAACCACGAGCACCAAAGCCGCUCCCAGUUACAACUCACAGGCCCGGGACAUUUACGACGAAAAUGAGGAAACUGCAGUGUCAUCUCAGAUGCUUCCGCCAAAACGAAACGGCGCCUCCAGGCUUUUGCCGUGCCUGCAUUAUCUAGUAAUGCAACUUCAGAUGUUCUGGAAUUUUCAGCGCAUUGGAAAUUCGAGAGGCCAAAGAAUGGUCGAUCCAGUGAUCAUGUACCAAAACUACGGAAGUCCGAUCCAAGCUCAAGUUGUUAAUCUAGAAGAUAAACAAAUAGUGUUUCCAGAAGAUGAUGAUUCUGAUAUCAUUAUUGUUAAUGAAGAUUUUAAUAGAAAUACCAUUGAAGAAGGAAGAAUAGAAAGUCUUAAAGAAGGGAUUGGUGAUUUGGUUGAAACGACGACGGAAACAUCAGAGAACAGGAUACCACCGUCUGAUGUAAAUGAUUUCAUGUGGAUGACCACAGAAUGGUCAACAUGCAGCGCCCAUUGUGGGCAAUCUGGUCACCAAAUUAGAGGCGCUGUUUGUCAACACAAAAUAUCAAACCAAACAACUAUAGUGGAGACGGACGAGUGUGUAUCAAGAGGACUCACAGCACCCACCGUGUUGCGCGACUGUGAAAGCAACAGUUGCGCUACUUGGAGGACUUCAGCUUGGUCCAUGCCGCGGUGCUUACCCAGUGGUAAUGCCAUAGUCCGCCGGCGCGUGGAGUGCGUGGCAGACAACGGGACCGUAGUGUCUGACGCGUCAUGCGUGUACAGCAGACAGCCUGAUAAGACCAAGAGGGAAGCACAGCCCUGCAAGCCAGUGUGGGCUGUUGGACCGUGGAGUAAGUGCAAAGGCCCCUGCGGUCAGGGCAGGCAACACCGCGUGCUGCGAUGCGUGUGGCGCGCAAGUCGUCGCGCGACGCGGCGCCGCGAGCGACCGGCCGCCGCGUGUGCGCACUCGCGCCCCAACGUCGUCAGAGAGUGUCGACAGUCCACUUGUAUCAAAGAUGGAGUUUGCCGAGAUACUUCGAGGUACUGUGAAAACGUUCGCGCGAUGAACAUGUGCGCACUCAGACGAUACAAGGAACAGUGUUGCAAGACUUGCGAAGAUUAAAUCAAUUAAUUAAUUAGUUAAAUUAACUGGGACAAUUAACUCAAGACGUUGAAAGGCUACAGGAGUGAAUAAAUUGACUGUAUAGUUUUUGUUCGAACAGUGUUUUAAUUGCUAACGAUUUUUUUAAUUCAGUAACUUCAUCUUGCUAUAUGAUGUUGAGCGUUAUGCAAAAUACUUGAAUGGUGUUGCGAGUGUUUUAUUUUUAUUUUUGUAAACAUUUCGUUGUUUUAAUGAAGAAAGAACCAGUAAAGUGCGAAUUGGUCGCGCAUACAAAGGGUCGCGUAACAUCGAUGUAAUUGUGUACUUUUUAAUUUAUUUAAUUUGUAUGCUGGCCAUUUUGAGAUUGGCUGCCUUGGUUUUUUAUUAUUUUUUAUUCUAUAGAAAUACACACUCUGUGAAAAUUUCAGCUCUCACUUAUUACAGUUCAUGAGAUAGAUACAGCCCGCUGACAGACA